UAAAUGAUAAUGUUAAAUGUACGUGCCCAGUUGUGUAUGCAAAAACAAGUGAGGAAAGAGACUUUUGUUGUCGAUUAAACUACGUUGUUCUACCUUUUUUUACACCAAAAAACCAAACAGCAAUCGUUUCAGAUCCCUCAAACCCCCUCAUCACACCACUCUUUGCAGUUUGCGCAACCAAACCUUCUUCUUUCUUUCUUUCUUUCUGUCUCUGUUUAUGAAUUCAAUCAAGUUGUGAUUUGAGCGAACGUAGGAAGCUUUUUGAAUCAGAGAGAGAGAGUGAAGAGAGAAAAGAGAGGAGACAGUACUUUCUGCAUCCAAACCAAUCACUACUGUGGAAUAAUAGGUAACUUCAUAAAGGGGGGAUUCUUCGGUGACGAUCUAUUUGAUUUGGUCCAGCUAAGGAAUCAUUAGGAGUCAAGUUGAUUACUACUAGGGAGGUUAUAUUUUGUGGAGUAGUAAAAGUUAAUCACAACAAGCAUGGGUUCUUUCAAGGGUCAUGCUUUGCCAGGGACAUUGUUUCUUCUAGUUGGAUUGUGGCACAUAUGGGGCUCUGUGGUGAGAUAUGUUCGUAAUCCUGUGGCAUUUCAAGUCAGGGUUUGGAAUCCUGUGCCAGGGUUUGAUGGGAAGCUCAAGCACUUGGAGCUCUAUGUCAUUGCAAUUGGAUCUUUCAUUGACAUGUGCAUCGAGCUCUUAUAUUCAACCCACCUCAAGUUUUUUGUUGGUGGAGUCCUUAACCCCUCCCACAUGAAUGACUUUGAGCACUCAGGAAUGCUUCUUAUGUUCUUCAUCUUUGGUGUUGUUGCCCUACUUUCCCAAAAGACCAGAUUUCUUCCCUUGCCAGAAGGUGCUCUUUGUUUGAUUGCUGCCUCUGCAUUCACUGCAGAGUAUCUCCUAUUCUACUUUCAUUCAACAACACACAAGGGCCUUGAGGGCUAUUACCACACUCUCCUCGUCUUCCAAGUUGGACUCUGCAUUUUAUCUUCAGUUGCUGGGGCCUUUUUGCCAACUAGCUUUCCAGUGGAUUUAUGCAAUGGUAUUGCUAUAACACUUCAAGGCUUAUGGUUCUAUCAGACUGCGUUUGUUCUUUAUGGCCCUAUGAUGCCAAGUGGUUGUAAGCUCAGGGACAAUAAUGUCAUGUGUAAUUCUAUUGAUAGUGAGGUUCGGGGUGAAUUGCUUGCUAACUUUCAGCUCUUUGUUGCGGUUCUUGCGGUCCUUGUGGGAACUGUGGCAUCAUAUGUCUUUGCAGCUUCAAGAUAUGGGAAUUCUGAAGUUAUGAGCUUGCAUGCAGGAUUAGAUGAAGAAUGAAGUAGUGUUGCUAUUUUUUGUGGUGAUAAUGGAAAUAGUUUCUUAUAGAACGUGUCUGUAUAUUGAAGUCAAAAGGUUCACGCAUGUAUGAUGAGAAGUAACACACCCCCCCCCCCAAAAAAAAAAAAAAA